ACAAGUCACCAAUCAUUUUCGGUUGUAUAGCGUGUAGUCGUUGACGAUAUUUUAAUCAAGUCUCAAGUGUAUGGUGGUGUCGUGUGUUGAAUUAAGUUUCAGUGUAAUCUGGUCGCCAAAUCAAAGAGACGAAAGGAAAAAUUGCCGAAAAAUUAUUCUAAUCGAAAAUCUAACAAAAUCAAUCUUGUCGCGUUUACGCGGACGUGAUUAUAGUGGAAUAUCUGGUUUUUUGUAAAUUUUCUUAAGUGCUAUUAACUCCUAGUGCCCAACGUGCGGUAAGCAGCAUUAAGAAGAUGCCUUGCCCAUUUUUAACUCGUCUCAACGUCAAUUAUGUUCGCAAUUAUGCAACAUCUUUGCUGAAAACCUACGGUCAUCAAUGUCCCGUUGUACAACGGACAAUGUCGACACUUCAAGGAUCCAUUGAUUCGGAUCCCACCGUUCGUGCGAUGCAUCAGCAACAUCAACCGCAGCAACAGGAUGUGGCCGUGGACCAACCGAACGGUAUGGCCGAAAAAAAGUGCCCAUUUUUAUCGUCAUCAUCGACAACCGUUAAGGAAGUGAGCGAAGAGAUUCAAGACAUUCCAUCGAAUCGAUCGUUUCCGUACGAGGAUUUCUUUCAUGAUCAAAUCAUGCGAAAGAAGAAGGACUACUCGUAUCGUGUGUUCAAGAAAGUGAGCCGAUUGGCUGGUGCUGGUCAGUUUCCAACGGCUUUGGAGUAUUCGUGGGGUGAGAAGCCGAUAACGGUUUGGUGUUCGAAUGAUUAUUUGGGUAUGUCGUGUCAUCCGAAGGUGAAAGACGCUGUUAAAACGGCACUGGAGGAAAAUGGUGCUGGUGCAGGCGGUACGAGAAAUAUUUCCGGGAAUACGCUGUACCACGAGAAAUUGGAAAAAACGUUGGGCAAACUGCAUCAGAAGGAAGCUGCUUUACUGUUUACUUCAUGUUAUGUCGCUAAUGAUACGACACUGUUUACGUUACUCAAGUCAUUACCCGGAUGCCAUAUCUUUUCCGAUGCUGGCAAUCAUGCGUCCAUGAUACAGGGCAUACGAAAUAGUCAAGCGCCGAAACACAUUUUCCGGCACAAUGAUCCGGAGCAUUUAAGGGAAUUGCUGUCCAAAGUCGACAAAUCAGUCCCGAAAAUUGUGGCAUUUGAAACGGUGCACUCAAUGUCUGGUGCAGUUUGUCCAUUGGAAGAGCUAUGCGACAUUGCUCAUGAGUAUGGUGCUUUAACGUUUGUCGAUGAAGUGCAUGCGGUCGGAUUGUACGGUGAACAUGGUGCUGGUAUCGGCGAAAGAGACGGUCAACUCCAUAAGAUGGACAUCAUAUCUGGAACGCUGGGAAAGGCUUUCGGCAACAUUGGCGGAUAUAUAGCAUCUUCAUCGAAGUUGGUGGAUGUUAUCCGUUCCUACGGUGCCGGUUUCAUUUUUACCACUUCAUUACCACCGACGGUUUUGGCUGGUGCACAUAAAGCCGUUGAAAUAUUAGCCUCGGACGAAGGACGUUCAUUACGUGCCCGUCACCAGGAGAACGUUCGCUAUUUGCGCACGAAUCUGCAGCGGGAAGGUUUUCCUGUCGAACACACACCAAGCCAUAUCAUUCCUAUUAGAAUCGGUGAUCCGCUCAAAGGGAACCAAAUCUCGGAUUUGCUAAUUCAAGAGCACGGCCACUACAUCCAAGCCAUCAACUAUCCGACUGUAGCACGCGGCGAGGAAAAAUUACGCUUAGCACCGACUCCAUGGCAUACGAAACCGAUGAUGGACAUUUUGAUACGGGAUAUGAAAACGGUCUGGCAACAAUUGGAUAUGCCUUUGUCCGGAAGCAAAUGCAAAGAGGAAUGCACUUUUUGCCGUAAGCCAAUUUUGUUCGAUCACUUUGAAGCUCGAGUUCGAGGCUGUGCAGCGGACAUACAAUGUGCAAUCCCCAAUUGUCCACAAAUGGUAGCGGCAUUUUAGGAAAAUCCGAAAACUUUUACUUCAACUUAAAUCUCGUUGUUUCGACAGGAAUUCCAAUUUUUAAAAAUAGAAAAUUUUGUUAAUUUCUUAGCUUCCCGAUCUUUUCCUUUUUUUGUUUAAUCAAACUUCACAGAUUUUAUUUUCUUAUUAUGUGGUGGUGAUUGUGAUAUAUUAUUUCGUUUGGUGAAAUUCUGUGGACUAUUUUUGGUUUUACUUUUUUUUGGCAACUCUUUCAAGGAACAGAAAUUUUUUACUUUAUUUUCGGUGUCUAGUGGAAACACAAACUUAAUAAACAAAAUUGAUGUCUAAAAGUCGCUCGGUUGACGCUAAAAUUGUAAUCGGUUAUUGAUUGUUAACGCAUUGGAUCGAAUGAUUCAAUGUCGCUAAAUAAAAUUUUUUAUUAUUUCAUUCAAAA